AUGGGAUCUCCUGCGGCUUCUUCUUCUUCUUCUUCUUCCCGUGCUUCGUCGUCGUCGGUCGGGUUUCUCCCGCUGCCAUGCUCCUCCUUCGUGUUCUUCCUGCUUAUCCUGCGACUCCUCUUAGGAGGGCUUAAGAGGAGGCUCCAUGGCUACGGACCUCGGGCUUACCCCGUUCUGGGCUGCUUGGUCUCCUUCUUCAAGAACAAGCACAGGCUUCUGGACUGGUACACGGAACUACUGGCCGCCUCGCCAACCCAGACCAUCGUCGUCUCUCGGCUGGGCGCCGUGCGCACCGUGGUCACGGCCAACCCCGCCAACGUGGAGCACAUCCUCAAGACCAACUUCGACAACUACCCGAAGGGUAAGCCAUUCACCGACAUGCUCGGGGACCUCCUGGGUAAUGGCAUCUUCAACGCCGACGGCGAGCUCUGGCAUACACAGCGGAAGUUGGCGAGCCAUGAGUUCACCGCAAGGCUCCUCAGGGGCAUCGUCGUGGGGUCUCUCGAGGCGGAGAUGGAGGGCAGACUCGCCCCAAUUCUUGGCGCCGCGGCGGACGGCGGCCAGGCUGUGGACAUGCAGGAGCUCUUCAAGCGAUUCGCCUUCGACAACAUCUGCAUGAUCUCGCUGGGGAUGGACCCCGGAUGCCUGGAGCCGUCAAUGCCGGAGUCCCCCCUCGCGAGUGCCUUGGACACGGCGUCGGGGAUCUGCGCGAGUAGAGGCGCGGCUCCUGUGCCCGCCGUGUGGAAGCUCAAGCGGGCGCUCGGAAUCGGGUCCGAGAGGGUGCUCCGAGAGAAGAUGGCCAUCAUUCACAACUCCAUAAUGGAACUGAUCAACCGUAGGAAGGAGGGACAGCUCGACGGAACGGUCAUCGGCGACGACUUCCUCUCGAAGUUGAUAUCAGCGGGCUACGCAGAGGAGGAAGUGCGGGACAUGGUAAUCAGCUUCAUCAUGGCGGGGAAGGACACCACCUCCUCCGCCCUCACGUGGCUAUUCUGGUUGUUGUCUCGGUACCCCGACGUGGAGCAGAAGCUGGUGGAGGAGGCGACAAAGAGGAAGGGAAGCCUGGAUUAUCAGACACUCAAGGAGAUGACCUGGCUGGAGGCCUGCCUCUAUGAGAGCAUGAGGUUGUAUCCUCCGGUGGCGUGGGACUCCAAGCACGCCGCCGGUGAUGACGUCCUCCCCGACGGUAUUCCCGUGUCGUCGGGGGACAGGGUGACCUACUUCCCUUACGGGAUGGGGAGGAUGGAGAGCUUGUGGGGUGAGGACGCUGCCGAGUUCAGGCCGAGUCGGUGGCUGGAUCGAGAGAAGAAGGAGACGGUGAAGAUGUCGGCCUUCAAGUACCCGGUCUUUCAAGGUGGGCCUAGGGUUUGCCUCGGGAAGGAGAUGGCCUUCAUCCAGAUGAAGUACGUCGUCGUAUCUGUGCUCCGGCGGUUCCAGCUCCGUCCGGUGAGUAGCGUCGAGCCUGUCUUCGUCCCUCUCAUGACCGCUCACAUGGCAGGUGGGUUGAGGGCCGUUGUCAGCUGGAGGUGCUUGGAAAAAUCGGGACAUCAGUGA